GGAGGACGGACGGACAGACGGACAGACGGACAGACGCCGGGGCUGCAGCCACCCGGGGACACCCGUGGAGUGAGCACCAGCUGUGGAGUGUCCCGUCCCCUCUGCGCCCAGCCAUGUCCCUGGUGGUGAAGGAGAAGAACCAUGUGCGGUUGGUCUUCUUGGGCGCUGCUGGCGUGGGCAAGACAGCCCUCAUCCGCCGCUUCCUGAUGGACACCUUCGAGCCCAAGCACCGGCGCACGGUGGAGGAGCUGCACAGCAAGGAGUAUGAGGUGAGCGGGGCCACAGUCAAGGUGGAAAUCCUGGACACCAGUGGCAGCUAUUCCUUCCCGGCCAUGAGGAAGCUCUCAAUCCAGAACAGCGAUGCCUUCGCCCUGGUCUACGCCGUAGACGAUGCCGAGUCCUUUGAGAGCGUCAAGAGCCUGCGGGAGGAGAUCCUGGAGGUGAAGGAAGACAAGUUCCCUCCCAUCGUGGUGGUUGGCAACAAGGCGGAGAGUGGCGGUGAGCGGCAGGUGCCGGUGGAGGACGCCCUGUCGCUGGUGGAGCUGGACUGGAACAGCCGCUUCGUGGAGACAUCGGCCAAGGACAACGAGAACGUCCUGGAGGUCUUCAGGGAGCUGCUGCAGCAAGCCAACCUGCCCAGCCGGCUCAGCCCAGCGCUCUGCAAGAGGAGGGAGACGUUGCCCAAGGAGCAGGCACUGAGGCCUCCCAUGAACAAGACCAACAGCUGCUCGGUGUGCUGAGCC